AUGUUGCUAUCUCUCCCCAUUCUCUCUUGUAUGUUCUCGCUCUACUUCAAUUUCCAUCCAUCCACUACGCCUACACCAUUCUGCCCCUAUCUCUGUUCCUGUAUCUCCCUUUUCCCUUGCUCCAUCGUCUCUGUACCUUUGGAUGGAUCGGGAGUUCUCCCUCCCCCCUUUAACCUUGGACGACUCGGCAUGGACACAAAGUUUUGCAACAACUCGGUCUGGAGAAAGGGCCUAAUAGUUCGCGGCAAAAAAAGACGUUGCCCAGAAAAGUGUUGGUCUGUCUAUUCACAUUUUGAGUUGCCCAACUCGUCAAAUUUUGGCGCAUUCUUCUCUUGCGCCAAUAGGACGCCAGAACCGAAUAAAUCUUUUAUCUCAUCCCAAUUUCGUAGUAUUUUCGAUGAAUUAAUCAUGUCAAUUACUGCAAAUUGA